AUGCAAGCUGUAUCUGCAAGACGGGGGGUCAUUGGAGCCUUGAUGGCCACCGUAAGGGCACCCAUCUAUGUGCAGAGGGCUGUGAUGGAUGUUCGGAAGGUGCUGGAGAUGGUUGGCAGAUUCGUCGAGCUAUUGUUGCAUGCAAGACGUAAUGUUGUGGAUCCCGUCGUAGACUAUGGGUUGGCUCUGGCCGUUGUAGUGAGGCCUGUGGUGAGAGUGGUCGUACCUUUAGGAGCGUUUGUAGUUUCUCGAAUCCUGGUGGUCACUGGCAGAGUGAUUGGGCUUUGGAUUGGGACGGCGAAGGUUGUGGGGAAGACUGUAAUGGAGAGUAUGGGAGUUUUAGGGGAGAAAGUAUCUGAGGUUGAAUCUUCCAGCCGUGGGUUUGUAGUCGAGAGCUCGGUUGUGCUGGUCGGAAUCGCAGUUCGGACUACUAUUUGGUUGAUUGGGACGGUUAUCGGGGUGUAUUUAUUCUUAGCAAGGUACAUGUUAGCAGCUAGAUAA